GAAUACGUGGCGGACGCGGACAAGAGGCGGCAGUACAUCAGCGGCUUCAGCGGCAGCGCGGGGACGGCCAUCGUGACCAUGGAGCAGCAGGCGCUCUGGACGGACGGCCGCUACUUCCUGCAGGCGGACGACGAGCUCGACUGCUACUGGCUCCUCAUGAAGCAGAAGAAUCCGGGGGUGCCGAAGAUGAUGGACUGGCUGAAGCAGAAGCUGAUCCCCGGCUCGCGCGUCGGGGCCGACCCGAGGCUCAUCGGCGCCGAUACGUGGAAGAAGUUCGCCGAGGAGCUGGAGAAGGCCGAGAUCGUGAUGGUGCCCUUGGAGAGGAACUUGGUGGACGCCAUUUGGCCGGUGACGGAGAGGCCGCCCUACUCCCAGGACCCGAUCUACGUCCACGAGCUUCAGUUCGCAGGAAAGAGAUGGGAAGACAAGGUGGCGGAGGUCAGGAUCGAGAUGGAGAAGGAAGGCGCUGACCUGCUGGUGCUGACGGCGCUGGACGAGGUGGCUUGGAUGCUCAACCUCCGCGGAAAUGACAUUCCCUACAAUCCUGUGUUCCGGAGCUACCUGGUGGUGGGCAGAGACACCGUGGAGCUGUACAUCCCCGGCGGCAAGAUCACCCCCACCGUCGACAACCACCUGCGGGUGAACCAGUGCGGCGGCCAAGAGUGUGUCGUAAUCAACGAAUACACCGCCAUCCUGAACCGCCUCCGCGCCCUCGAGGUGACCAACGGCGUGAGCAAGGUGAUGAUGGGCUCCAAGUACUCCUACUCUGGCGGCGCCUCCUACGCCAUCUACUCCGCGGUGCCCGAGGAGAAGCGAGUGGUGGUGACGUCGCCCGUGCUGCUCAUGAAAUCCCGCAAGAACCCCACCGAAGUCCAGGGCAUGAUCAAGUCCCACAUCAAGGACGCCGUGGCCCUGUGCGAUUUCCUGGCUUUCUUGGAGAAGGAGAUCGGCGACGGCAAGUACUGGAGCGAGAUCUCAGCGGCCGAGAGACUGGCGGAGUACCGGGCCCAGCAGAAGGACUUCAUGGGCGUUUCCUUCACCACCAUCAGCGCCUACGGGUCCAACGGCGCCGUCAUCCACUACCACCCGAUGCCUGAAACUAACAAGCAGAUCUCCAACACCUCUCUUUAUCUCCUCGAUUCCGGUGGACAGUAUAAGGACGGGACGACGGACGUGACCCGGACGAUGCACUACGGGGAGCCGACGCCCUUCCAGAUAGAGACCUACACCCGAGUCCUCAUGGGCGCCAUCGACCUCGCUAUGUUGGUUGUUCCCGAAGGCACAGGCGAUUCGGAUAUCGACAUAGUGGCACGCAGAUAUUUGUAUGAAGUUGGUCUGGAUUACCGCCAUGGCACUGGUCACGGUAUUGGCCAUUUUCUCAAUGUGCAUGAAGCACCCGUACAGAUCAGGAUAUACGGGGACGAGGAGCAUAAAUUCGAAAUUGGCCAGUUCUUCUCAGAUGAACCCGGUUUCUACCAAGACCACGAGUUCGGUAUCAGACUGGAAACCAUCAUGCGCGUCGUGCCCAGGCAUACCCAGUAUCAUUUUGACAAGCAGUCUCUUGGAUUCGACGCCGUCACCCUAGUGCCUUUUGAAGAGAAACUGAUUAACGUGACGAUGCUGAGCGGGCGCCAGUGCCACUGGCUGAACGCCUACCACGCCCGCGUCCGCGACUUGGUCGGAGGAGAGCUGAUGACGCAGGACCGCAGGCAAGGCUAUGAGUGGCUUUUGGCCAAGACCAAGCCCCUCCCCUGCGUGGGCGGUCCUUACGGAGACUCUCGAGCUUACUCGCCUUCGAUCGUGUCAAGGAAGAAGCGUGAGGCCUUGAACAUCACCCUCGAGAUGAGGACCAACUGCAAGGUGGGAGACUCUCAGCCGUCCGUCCGAGUCGACACCACGGACAGGGUGACGAAGCUGAGACAGCAGAUGACGAACUAUAACUUGAACGCCUACCUGAUCCCCUCCGACGACGAACAUCUGAGCGAGUACGUGGCGGCCGCGGACAAGAGGCGGCAGUACAUCAGCGGCUUCAGCGGCAGCGCGGGGACGGCCAUCGUGACCAUGGAGCAGCAGGCGCUCUGGACGGACGGCCGCUACUUCCUGCAGGCGGACGACGAGCUCGACUGCAACUGGCUGCUCAUGAAGGGCGGCAUCGACGGGGUCCCGAAGGAGGAGGAGUGGCUGGCGAAGACGCUGAACUCAGGGGCGCGAGUCGGAGCUGACCCUCGACUCCAUGGGUCCGAUUCAUGGAAGGAACUUGCUGAAAAACUCGCGAAAUCAAAUAUUGAACUGGUCCCCAUCACGACAAACCUGGUCGACCUCAUCUGGCCCUCCGACGUCAGACCGCAGUACUCGAAGGACCCGAUCUUCAUCCACGAAAUACAGUUUGCUGGCAAGAAAUGGGAAGACAAAGUGGCCGAGGUUCGAGCCGAGAUGGAGAGCGACGGAGCCGACAUGUUGGUGCUGACUUCCCUCGACGAGGUGGCUUGGCUCCUCAACCUGCGAGGAAACGACAUUCCUAACAACCCAGUGUUCCGAUCAUACGUCAUAAUCGGGAGAUCCAACGUGGAGUUGUUCAUCCCAGCCGGCAAGAUCACGCCAGCCGUCGACAUGCACCUCAACGUGAACCAGUGUGGAGAGCAAGAGUGUAUCCUCAUCAGCGAAUACACUGCGAUUCUCGACCGGCUGCGAGCACUGGAGCUGAACACAGAUAUCAACAAAGUCAUGCUGGGGAAGAAGUACUCCUACUCUGGCGGCGCCUCCUACGCCAUCUACUCGGCGGUCCCCGAGCGGAAGCGGCACGUGCGCGUGUCCCCCGUCCUCAGCAUGAAGGCGCGCAAAAGCCCCGAAGAAAUACAAGGCAUGAAGAACGCGCACAUCAGGGAUGCUGUGGCAGUUUGCGAGUUCCUGGCCUUCAUGGAAAGGGAGAUCGCAUCUGGCAACGCCUGGGACGAGAUCGAGGCAGCGACCAAGCUGGAGGAGCUGCGCCGCGAGCAGGACCACUUCAUGGGGCUGUCGUUCCAGACCAUAAGCGCCUUCGGGUCCAACGGCGCCGUCAUCCACUACCGCCCUCAGCCGCAGACCGCGAAAGACAUCACCGCAGACUCCCUCUACCUCGUAGACAGUGGGGGACAGUACAAGGACGGCACCACCGACGUGACGAGGACGAUGCACUACGGCACACCCACGCCGUUCCAGAUCGAGGCGUACACCAGGGUGCUCAAGGGCGCCAUCGACCUCGCCCUCCUGACCUUCCCCGAAAACACCGGUGACUCGGACGUCGACAUACUCGCCAGAAAGCCGCUGUUCGACGUGGGGCUGAACUACCGCCACGGCACAGGCCACGGCAUCGGCCACUUCCUCAACGUCCAUGAAGCUCCAAUUCAGGUGAGAAUUUACAGCAAAGAAGAGCACAAGUUCGAAGUGGGCCAUUUCUUCUCAGACGAACCCGGCUAUUACCAAGACAAUGAAUGGGGCAUUCGUCUGGAGACCAUUUUGAGCGUCAUCACCAAGGAAACCAAGUACAAGUUCGGUGGACAGUGGUUAGGAUUUGAGGCCAUCACGCUGGUGCCGUUCGAAUUCAAGCUCAUCAAUUCCUCCAUGCUGAGUAACGUGCAGUGUCAGUGGCUGAACUCGUACCACGCCCGCGUGCUCGAAGUCGUCGGGGCGGAACUUCGUCAACAAGGGCGUGUGGAAGCCUAUGAUUGGCUGGUGCUGAAGACCGACCCGCUCGUCUGCGCUCACGUGGACGAAAAGACAACUUCUACCACGAGGUCAACUUCGACCUCCACAGCGUACACUUCCACUUCCACCUCCACUUUGGGGACUACCACCAAGCAACAUGCUUCCACAAGAACCAUAGAGUACACCACCUCAGCCAUUGCCACGUUCACCGAGGCGGCGGUGGUCGGCGGGAACGGCGCUCAGCCCUUCGCGCCUUCGCUGUGGCUGUCGGCCGCGGUGCUGGUCGUGUGUGCACGGAGCUGGCUGUUGUGGUAAAUAGCGAUGAACGAUGGCGUUUUGGAAGCCAUGAAUUCAAUGUUAAUGAGUAAAGAAACAUUUCGAGAGCAGUGGUGUCAUCUAAGUAGAACAUGAGUCAUUCUCGUCAUUUCUCAUUGAUGUGAUUAAAUUUUAGAGGUAUAUAAUAAGCAGAAGAUGCAGGAUAUUUCAAGUACAACUGCUGUAUAUAGUAACAUGAGAUUCUAUAAGAGAGAAGUGAUACUAAUUCUAAUAUAUGCUGUUAAAAAGUUCGUAAGAGACAGUACUGUAAUAUAUUCUUCUUAUUACGUGCUAUGUAAUGAAAAUUGGGUUAAAUGCCAGUGGUUUAUGUGCUAAAUUCAGUUUGUAUGUACACACCAUUGUAAUAAGGUGCAUUUUAUUGUAAACUGAGUGAAUGUUGCCUGAAGUUUAUAUACUUAUGGUUGACUGUAUUUAGUUUUAUAUUCCUGAGCAGACCAUAAUAGCAUUUACUGGACUUUACACUAAUAUGCUUGUUAUAAAGCAAUGUGAAGGACUCCUCUGCAUUCUAUACAACCAUGCAGUGUAAAGCAGUUACUCUGCAUGAUGAUUCAUCAGUAUUUACAUUUACUAAUAAAAAGAUCCUUUGGAUAUAGUUGCAGAAAUUAACUGAGAAAUUAGCUUUACAUUUAUCAGAUCCGGGUACCAAUGUUAAACUAGAAUAGAUCUAAAGAAAUAUAACUUCCAGAAAGCUGAUUUUUUUUUUUACUUGUGGACAUUGUGUGUAUGGAGUCAUUGCAUUUAUUUCAUAGCAAAUAUUAAACCGAAAGUACUAUCUCUAGUUUCGAGACAGUUGGCUCUUUUGUUCGAGAAAUGCUUAUUUUAGGAAUAUUCAAAUUGCAUUCAAAUAUCAGUAUUACACUUUAAUUAUAUUGACUGGAUGAAAAAUAAUUGUUCAAUAGCUUAAAAAGGCCUUAAUAUAACUCAGACAUUCCAAUAUAUGCUAUGAACCUUACCCGCCCCCCCAAAAAAUGAUAACAAAAAUCAACAAAGAAACUAAACAACAUACAAUAGAACCCAAACCAGAGGUUGUCCAAGCACCCCGUUGUCCUCUCUCUUCCAGACCCGCUUGUCUCUGUAAUCCUGUUUACUCCUUUUGUUCUCUUCUCAAAAUCUGGAAAGCACGUAAAAUGCGGCUAAUUACCCCCUGCCCCCCCCUUUUUUUUGUAAGGUAAGACAGUUGAAUUUAUAAUUUCACCUUGAGCUGGAUUUGAAUCAUUAUGAAGUUUGCCAAAGAUAAAUAAUUGGUGCGUUAACAGGAUGGUGCAAUUGCAUUGUAGAGUGGCUUAAACAUUGUAAAUUUUUAUAUAUAAAGUUCUUUGUUGUAACA